AUAAAUAGAAUAUAAGGCCAAGGUUUAAGCCUAAAACCCUAAUCCCAGUAAACUCACCAUGGCUGUGUUGAGCUCAAAGCAAGUGUUGAAAGACAACAACACUACUGACCCCAGCUCAAUUACAUCACUUACCCUCACUCACAAAGCUCUUUCUGAUGUAUCCUGUUUGAGCGAAUUUGAAAAUUUGCAGAAGCUUGAUCUUGGGUUCAACAAUUUAACUUCCCUAGAGGGGUUGAAGUUAUGUGCGAAUUUGAAGUGGCUCUCUGUGUUGCAAAACAAACUUCAGAGCUUGAAAGGGAUUGAAGGACUUGUCAAACUGACUGUACUGAAUGCCGGAAAAAACAAGCUCAAAUCUAUGGACGAGGUCAGUGGUCUUGUGAACUUGCGAGCACUGAUUUUGAAUGACAAUGACAUUGUUUCAAUUUGCAAGCUUGAUAAAAUGAAAGAGUUGAAUACAUUGGUUCUAUCUAGAAAUCCAAUAUCUGGAAUUGGCCAGAGUCUAGCCAAAAUCAACUCAAUCACAAAAUUAUCUCUCUCUAAUUGCCAACUACAAGGUGUUGACUCUUCACUUAAAUCCUGCACUGAGUUAAAGGAGCUACGACUUGCUCAUAAUGAUAUUAAGACACUUCCUAGUGAGUUGGCUUUUAAUAUAAAACUACAAAACUUAGACAUCGGAAACAAUGUGAUCAUUAAGUGGUCAGAUCUGAAGGUGCUGUCUUCAUUAGUUAACUUGAAAAACUUAAACCUGCAAGGGAACCCCAUUGCUGAAAAGGAAGAUUUGGCUAAAAAGAUCAAAAAACAAGUGCCGCAUUUGCAGAUUCUCAAUGCUAAACCUAUUGAAAAGGCCAUGAAAAAGGAAGAGGGUGGCAGAGGCGAUGAUGAAAAUGAAAGUGGUGAUCUUGAUAUUGCCAGGGUUUGGGAUAGCAAGGAAGAAAGGAAGCUUAAAAAGAAAAAGAGAAGUGGACCACUGGAGGAAGGGCUAGAUGAUCACCAUGAAGAGAGUACUUUCCUGGAGAACAACAAAGUGAAAAAGUCUAACAAGUUUUCGAAGAAUGGCAAGAAUGCUGCUGAUGCAGCAGAAACUGUACUCUCAUAUCCUGAUGAACAGAAGGAAUCAAAGCUCAAAAAGGAUAAGAUUAACGAAUUUGAUAAAGCUUCUGGCCGUAAGAGGAAGGAGUUGGUACAAGCAGAAAAAAGAACCAAUUCCAUUGAACUUGACACAGGAGAGGAACGAAAGCACAAAAAACAGAAGAAGAGUGAAGUAUUGAAGGAGAAAGCUUCAAAUGUUGAGGAUAAGGAACCAGCUAAAAAGUCUAGUAAGAAAGCUAAACAAAAUAAAGCAAGUGCCAUUGAUGAUGGAGAAACUCCUUUCUCGGAUCUUUUUAUCUCUGACUUAUCAGAUCCAUUGACCAGUAGCCGGAAGGUUGGUAAUCACCGCACACACCAACAAAAUGUUGAUGCAGCUGCAGGUUUGGCUACAUUUCCGAAAAAGAAAAAGCAGAAGAAGAAUAUUGUAACUGGCGCUGCUGCUGUUCAAUUUUCAUCAGCAAGCGAUGAAAUUGGAUUGGGCGGUGCAUCAACAUGGGAUGACUAGAAAAGAGUAGCAUCCUGCUGAUAAAAUUGAAUAGCAGCUGAAGACUGUGAAGUUGGCAACUGUCAUUUGAGCCUUGGUCUCCCAUUUGGUUUGAUUUAUCUUCAGUAAGAUGUUUACGAGGUUUACAUGAACAAAUUGGUUUCACUCCCCUGAUAGACCGUGACUGCAAGGGAUGAUAAGGAGCAUUGUUCUUACUUGAAAACCAGAUCAUUGAGUAGUAAAGGAUGUUCUUUCUUGCUCGUUGUCAACAACAUCCAACUUGCUUUCACCAGGAGUAUAUGCUGGGAACGUUCCCUGCAUCGAGCAUGGUACACGAGCCUAAUUUGAGUCUUGUUUCUAUGAACAUGUCGUCUUUAGAUGAUUAACGGUUCGUGUUUCCAAUGGAACACUUGCAAAUUAUUGACUGCUUGAAUUUUCUUUGGGCUGAUAAGGUAGGUGGUUGAGACAAUCACAGACUUAAUGUUUAUGGAUGGAUAGAAACUUGUUACUUAUGCAUUU